GCUGGAUCAAGUUCCCCGGCCGCCUGCUGUAUCUCUGGAUGAGGCGAGUGGUGGCUGCUGGGCAGCGGGUGUGUGAGGUUCUGGACGGCAAUAAGAUGCUCAAGUUUCGGUUUAGGCGGCAGGUGAACGACCCGCAGAGGGAGAAGAUAAAGCAGGAUUUGUUCGCAUUCAACAAGACUGUAGAACAUGGAUUUCCCAACCAGCCAAGCUCUCUUGCCUUUGACCCCAUUCUCAGAAUUAUGGCCAUUGGGACAAAAUCAGGUGCUGUUAAAAUAUAUGGUAUCCCUGGUGUGGAGUUCACAGGGUUACAUAAGGAUACAGCCACUGUGACACAGCUGCACUUCUUUCCUGGACAGGGCCGGCUCAUCUGUUUAUUGGAUGACAACACCUUACACCUAUGGGAGCUUCAGCAGAAGGACGGCUAUUCAUACCUGGAAGAGACCCGCAGCUUCAUCCUCCCAGGCCGGCCAGGGUUUGACUGCACUAGCUCCCCUACAAGUGUCUCAAGAGUGACCGUGAUCAUGGUGGCAGCCUCAUGUGAAAUGGUCGGACUUGGGACGGAAGGAGGAGGCGUUUACUUUCUGCAGAUCCCGAGCAUGAAACUGCUAGAGGAGCAGACAUUGCUGCAAGAGCAGAUAUUGCAGAGUCUGCCAGAUGACUACAGAUGUGGGAAAGCCUUGGGACCUGUAGAAUCCUUGCAGGCGCAUCCACAACAACCAGAGAAGAUAUUGGUUGGUUACAGCAGAGGGCUGGUUGUAUUAUGGGACUUGGAAGCCAAAAAAGUGGAUCAUCUCUUCCUGGGUAAUCAGCAGUUGGAGAGUGUUUCUUGGGAACACAGUGGAACGUCGUUCAUCAGCUCACAUAGUGAUGGCAGCUACAUGGCGUGGUCUGUCAGCAGUAACUCUCCUACAUCACAACCAAUCUCCUCUUCCAUACCGUACGGUCCUUUCCCUUGCAAGGCCAUAAACAAAAUUCAGUGGAGGUCUAGCAGUUCUGGGAACCACUUCAUCAUCUUCAGUGGGGGUAUGCCACGAGCAAGUUAUGGGGACCGCCACUGCGUGACCAUCCUUCAAGGGAAAAACUUAGUCACUUUGGACUUCACCUCUCGAGUCAUAGACUUCUUUACUGUGUGCCACCUCAAGAGUGAAGAUGGGUCUGACAAUCCAACAGCACUUAUAGUUUUAGUGGAGGAGGAGUUGGUGGUGAUUGAUCUUCAGAGUCCUGGCUGGCCCACCAUCCCGUCCCCGUAUUUAGCUCCCCUUCAUUCAUCUGCCAUUACCUGCUCUUAUCAUAUCUCUAAUGUGACACUCAAGCUCUGGGAGAGAAUAAUCAGUGCUGGAGAACAGCAAAAUCCUCAGCUGUCUUCCAUGAGUUGGCCAAUAAAUGGAGGUGUAAGUUUAGCAGAGGAACCAACACAAAGAGGACUUCUCCUUACAGGACAUGAAGAUGGCACAGUACGCUUCUGGGAUGCGUCUGGCGUUUCAUUGAAGCCUCUGUAUAGAAUAGGAACAGCAGGAAUCUUCCAGACAGACUGCGACCACAAUGACAGCUUAAACCAGAGCAACGAUGAGGAUUGGCCGCCAUUUCGCAAGGUUGGUUGCUUUGAUCCGUACAGUGAUGAUCCCCGAUUGGGCAUCCAGAAGAUCGCUCUGUGCAAGUACAGUGGCAAGAUGCUAGUGGCAGGAACAGCGGGGCAGGUUCUGUUAAUGGAUUUGAGUGAUGAAAAAUCUGACCAUAUGGUAAAUGUGGCCACAGUAGAUCUUCUACAGGACCGUGAGGGCUUCACAUGGAAAGGCCAUGACCGACUUGUGCCACGGAACACUUCUCUCUUCUUCCUGCCAGGUUUCCAGACAACCAUGUUAAUACAGUGUAUGCCACCCGCUGCCGUCACUGCUGUAUCCUUACACUCGGAGUGGAAUCUUGUGGCUUUUGGCACUAGCCAUGGUUUCGGAGUCUUUGAUUAUCAACGGAGGAACACUGUGCUGGCGAGGUGCACCCUGCAUCCCAAUGACUCAUUGGCUAUGGAAGGUCCCCUGUCACGGGUCAAAUCUCUGAAAAAGUCUCUCCGGCAGUCAUUCCGCAGGAUACGGAAGAGCAGGGUGUCUGGGAAGAAAAGACCAAACACUAGCAGUCCAGCCAGCAAGUUGCAGGAAGCAAAUGCUCACCUUGCUGAACAGGCUGGACCUCAUGACCUUGAUAUAGCCCCAGUGCAAAGGAGGAUAGAGCCACGGUCUGCGGAUGACUCGCUUUCUGGUGUCGUACGCUGUUUGUAUUUCGCUGACACAUUCCUUCGUGAUGCACUUCACCAUGGCCCAACCAUGUGGGCUGGUACCAACUCUGGCUCAGUAUUUGCAUAUGCAUUGGAGGUACCUUCACGGGAGAAGUUUUCAGAGCGCUCUACAGAGGCUGUGCUGGGGAAGGAAAUCCAGCUUAUGCAUCGUGCCCCUGUUGUAUCUAUUGCUGUUCUAGAUGGACGGGGAAACCCCUUGCCAGAACCCUAUGAGGUGUCACGUGACUUGGCCAAAGAGCCAGAUAUGCAUGGAACACAUUCUGUACUAAUUGCUUCAGAGGAACAGUUCAAGGUUUUUACGUUGCCUAAGGUUAGUGCAAAGACGAAAUUCAAGUUGACAGCUCAUGAGGGAUGUCGGGUGCGAAAAUUGUCCCUUGCUAACUUUAUCAGUGCCACAUCUGAAGAUUACUCUGAAAACUGUUUGGCAUGUUUAACCAACCUUGGGGACAUUCACAUAUUCAGCAUCCCUGGGUUAAGGCCCCAGGUGCGCUAUGAUUGCAUCCGCAAAGAGGAUAUAAGUGGAAUCGCGUCCUGUGUCUUUACAAAGUAUGGACAAGGCUUCUACUUGAUCUCCCCUUCUGAGUUUGAACGGUUUUCUCUAAGUGCCAAGAAUAUCACAGAACCAGUGUGUUUGGUAGAAUUUGACCGACCCCACGAUCCUGUGCAUCUCAACAAUAAAGUGACAACAUCUCCAAAAACCAACCAGGCUAAUGGUACACACAUACCGAGGGAAACUGAUGCAAGUCCGGCACCAAUGGAAGGUCACACAUGUGAGAACAUGGCCAUGUUUUCACCCUCCCCACUUGACUCUCCCCUUAACAGCACUGACACAACUUUAGACACGACGGGGGACAUCACAGUGGAGGACGUCAGGGACUUACUUGGGGCUACAGAGGAAUCUGAAAAAAACAUGAAGAAUUCAGUGGAUGAACCACGGUCCUCAGAAAUUCUUAUUAAAUAAGGUUCUGCUCUUAUGGUGCACGUGGGGUCUGUAACCGGCCCAUGCUCUGGUUUACAAACACCCAACGGAUCACUUUCCUGAUACCUUUCAGCAUAACAUAAGGGAUUCCUGGUUUGUUAACCUGAUGAUACUGAUAGACUUUUUAUGGAACUAUCUUCCCAUCGGAGCAAAUCUGAACUCUACAGUCCCCAGGUUUACAGCUGGGACGCAUAGAUGACCCCCCCUUUGCUGAGAACAGCCCUGGAAUACAGACAUUGAUUGCAGCCAAUAUAAAUGAAGACCUUGAUACAUUUUUUACAUUUGAGCUUCUAAAAGGAGUCGUCUUUCUUCUAUUGAGUUUUGGAUUUAUCUGGCUGCAGAUUUGCUGUAGGUCUAUAAAGCAUAGAAAAUAGGUUUUAUAUUUGGCAACAUUGUGUACAUUUUAUACCAAGAUUAUGUAUAGGAUCUAUAGGCAGAAAUGUAUCCAUACAACAGAUGAGUGACGCCUGCAUCAUUCCUUGUUUCUGCUGUAUUUGCAGAGACUUUCUAGUACCUUAUCCUAAUGGUCCUUUCUGCUCGGACUCUUACAUUUUGUAUUUCUAAAUAAGCUUCUGCAAACCUGUACAAAUUCCUACGAAACCAGAGAUUUUACAUUGGGACAAUAGCUUAACCACAGCCAUACUGGUCUUCAAACAGCUGGAGUGCGUUCUGGUAGAAAGGACUUUCUGGGCUUUGGGACAUUGGGGUUUAUUUCCUCGGUCUCAAUUCCAAAACUGUUUAAGUAUUUAAACACGCAUUUGCCUUGCUGUGCACAGUGCUUUGUAGGCGGCAAGGGUUAAGCACAUACACACCGUCUGCAAACAUGCUGAUUGUAAAGGGUUAAUGGUGCUUUCCCUACUCCUUGACUUUAAUUAUAAAUUUAAUUCCGAAAACCAUGGUUUUAUCUGUAGAGUUCUAUUAGACUGCUUGGCACAGAACAAUUUUUGGUUAUUAAAUGCUGGAACGCUUUGCAACAUGGGAUGUUCUAGUUUAACUCAGGUUGUUUGAUUACCCUAACAUGAAAAUAGCAAAACUUUUUAAUUAUUAAAUAGCACUAAUAUUCUGCACAAUGCUUGCUGUGGCUUAUUGGUCCGUUUUUAAGACACACAACUUUAUUAUCCUUUGGCAAUUGCACACCGUUCUCUAUAGCGCUAUUAACCAAGCAAUAAUCAUUUAUUCAAAGGGAGUCUCCUACAUCCUCGGGGGUGUCCCUACUCCUGAUUGGAUGUGACAGUGUUUUUAUUAUUUAGCCUCUGAUAUUGGUGUGAACUUAACCAGUCAUUUGCUGCAAAGAAACGAACUGAAAUUUGACUAAUAAAGGCUUUAUUUUAACUGCAGGAUGACUGCUUAUCACAGACUGUGAUUUACUGACCCCCUACAGCACUCCAGGGGUUAAUCUGAAUUAUUGUGGGGGGGGGGUUUUGAAGGGGGGGUUGAACAUUGAGCAUUUCAGAGUAUUUUUGUAUGCCUUGCCUACCAUUUCUAAGACUGUUUUUGGUACUGCUUUUCUGUGAAUUAGUUUGUAUGGGGGUGGGCGAAAGGGCAAGAGUUGGAUUAUUUCGCUAACCGUAUUGUUGUCUUUGACAAGUUUAUCUUUUUUGAAGAAUUAUCCAGUUUUACAUGGAUUUUUAUUUUUCUGUUUAGAAUGUAAUCUUAUUUCAUUUGUUUGUUUGUUUUUUGUUCGCAUUUUGUUUAGAUAUUAAAUACUGUUUUAUUAAAAAAUAAAUAAAUAAAGCUUA